GGAGCUACUGGACAAAGAGGAUCGCCUGGAAAUCAAGGUUCCCCUGGAGCUCCAGGUAAUCCAGGAGAAAGAGGUCCUAUAGGACCAAUUGGAUUUACUGGAUCUUCUGGAUAUCCUGGACCAACAGGUCAGACAGGUCAACCAGGACAAUUUGGUAAAACGGGUGCAACAGGAAACACGGGUCCACAAGGUUUUCAGGGAGCUACUGGAGCAACAGGAUUUCCAGGCAACUCAGGCAACCCCGGCCAGCCUGGACCUCCAGGUUCCCUUGGCCCGAGUGGUCCUCCUGGCUCACCAGGCGGCUUUGGAUUACCUGGACAGUCUGGAUUUCAAGGAGCAACUGGUGCUACUGGUCCUGUUGGACCGGCCGGUCAACUUGGUUUUCCAGGUCCUGCAGGUUCUGUUGGUUCUUCUGGGCAAGCUGGUCAGCAAGGGUCUCCUGGUAGAGAUGGAUCCCCAGGACCUCAAGGGUCUACAGGAGCUACUGGUUUUCCUGGAAUUCAAGGUUACACUGGUUUAACAGGGAGCACAGGACCACUUGGACAAAUAGGUUUUCCUGGAUCGGUUGGAGCAACAGGUCAACCUGGACCCCAGGGAUUAAUUGGAGCAACUGGUCAGCAAGGAGUGCAAGGCAAUACUGGUCCGCAAGGAAAUCCAGGUGGUGCAGGUUCACCAGGUCUUCCUGGGCCCACGGGUCCUAAUGGAUUGAUAGGAAAUACUGGCUUCAUGGGACCACCUGGUCCAAACGGACUUCCAGGACAAAUGGGUUUUACAGGUGAGAUGCUUUACAAUUUUGUACGUACAGGUAAACACACGCGCAUGCACACAAAUAUGAAUAAAUGA